AUGAGCCAAAAUGAAGUGGCAAAAGCGCUGUUGGGAAUGGCGGAAGCGCUGCGAACACAGGAACCACCAAAACUAAAAAUGGCUAUCAAAUGUGCAAGGAGCUCCCUCACCCUGCAGAUAAACGACGAAAUGCAGGCGAUUUGCAAUUUACAAUUAGGAAAAUUACUGUUUUUCUACACGGAAAAUUCAGAAUUGGCCAAGACACAUCUUCAGAUUGCGUACGACAAAAUGCUACCAAUGGGAACAUUCUACACACGUGAUCGAAUGCAUGCAAUAUCGAUGAUUGCCGAUCUAUAUAUUCACUAUCAACAUUGGCCUAUCGCCGGUAUCAAAUCGGCUCUCCGACAUGAGAUCUCGACGUCUCGUGGAUAUCCAGUACUCACCAAUAAAUUGAUGUUUCAGCUUAUUGAAAUUCUAAAAAUCGAUAAAGACGUGGAAGGAGCAUUCGAAGCGUGUCAAAUAGCCAUCAAUUCGUCAUCAAGCGAUCCGAAAAUGGAGUUAUAUUUCCGAAUCACACGGACUCUUGUCAAUUAUCAAUUGAUGCACGAAGAAUCGAAUGCAACUGAAAUCGCAAGAAUCGGAUCGAUGAUAAAGUCAUUGGAAACGACACCGGAGGAUAGAGUACACUUGGAGUGUAUUAAAGAUUUCUAUGUUUGUACGAAACUCGCCUAUAUGUUUUAUGAGGGAAAAUCGAGAACGUCGAGACAAUUGUUGAGACAGAUUCAGAAGUCACAGACGAGUGGAGAGACGAAAAUUCAUGGAAUUCGAUGGCUCGGCGAGACGUCGAUGACUCUCUUCGCAUGCGUCAUGAACAUAAUCUCAGCUCUCGUCCAAUCCAACCCGGGCCGUGUCGAGAAAUACUAUCAUUUAGUGGUGAAACACGCUGACGAAAUCAUCUAUAAAUCGACUCGAACACCACAAGAACCCGGUGUUGUCAGAUGUAUUAAUAUGAUAAAAAUGACGACGUUGGAAAUGAUGGCAUGUUGUAAUGUUAUGGCGUGUAGACCUCAGAAGACACUCGUCAAUGUUAGGGAUAUGUUGGAAAUGUGUCAUCGAUCGAGUGGUCCACUCUUGUAUCGAUACUUUGCACCGCAUAUUCAAUACGUUUUGGGCCUCCAAUGUUGCUAUUUCCGGCAACACGAAUACGCGGAGAAGCAUUUCAUCUCAGCUAUCAACCUACUCCAUCUCAACGACUGUACAUCGAAUAACUCGAUGGCUCUUCUCAAUUUGAAUCUCGCAAUGACCUACUUGAAUCAGUUGAAAAUGGCGGAUUAUUAUGAAGUGGCGGAGAAGUUGACAGCUCCAAAAAUAGCUCAAUGCUCACAAAUGCUGAAAAGUAAUGUGAAGUUGCUGUCGGCAUUCUUUUCGUAUCUGACGAAUAAACCGAAUGAAUGUAAAACAUUAGUGCAUGAAGUGUUAGAUGACUCGAAAGCUGAAGACUUCUUCCGUCUCCACGGUCUCGCCCUUCUUCUAAUGUCUUUGAUAUUCCCGGUUGAUGAAAAAGGUGUCAAACCGACUGUCGAUUGGAGUAAAAAGUCGCACGACCAUGUUGUCAUUAUGUGGAGUCAUCAUUUAUACGAGAGAAUCAUACGGGCGGCCGGAGUGGAUCCGAACUCGGAACAGGUUCAAUUGGUGAUGACGGAUUAUGAGGAGUCGAGGAAGAUUCUGAAUGUUGACUACUUGGUGCCACUUGUUAAUAAUAUGUCGACGGUUAAGUUGUUGCAGUGGUUCGAAGGAGAUCCGUUCAAAUUGCUGCCACGCGACGAGAUUCCGAUGUGA